GCUUAGGUCCCUCUUACGUGGACCCGCGUUCGCAACGGAUUGGAUUCCGCGUUUGCAUUCCAGUAUAGCUCUGGCGAGAGCAGCUCGAGUCCUAAAGUAGAACUAGCAGCAACUAGCAAGUAACAUAUACUGUGUAGAUACCGUCAAGCGUCAAUCCAUGGCGCCGCUAACCAUGGCAGCAGCAGUGCUAUUAGCGGCGGCGGCGGCGGCGGUGAUCAUGUCAGCGGCGUCGGCACAGAGCGCGGUUGCGGCAGCCGCCCCGCUGCCACUGGUGGCUCCAGCGCCUAUCGGGCUCCCCAACUGCACCACCUCCUGCGGCGACGUGCAGGUGCCGUACCCCUUCGGCCUGGGCCCGCCGCGCUGCUCCUGGCCGGGCUUCAACCUCACCUGCGACGACACCGGCCGCCCCGGCGGCGCGCCGCGGCUGCUCCUCGGCGACGGCACCCUCGAGGUCGCCGACAUCUCCCUCCGCAACACAACCAUCCGCGUCGUCCGCCGCGGCGACGUCGCCAACAUCUCCUCCGGCCGGAACGUCACGUUCGGCCGCAGCUUCACGGGCUACACCGGGUACACGCUGUCGGACCGCAACGAGCUCGUCCUCUCCGGCUGCAACGUCAUGGCGACGCUGGUCGGGGACCUCGACGAGUACUCCAACGUCAUCAGCGGCUGCGCCUCCUUCUGCUCCUACUCAAACACCAGCAAGGCCGAGAUCCGGCAGCCCGCCGGCAAGUACUGCUCCGGCCUGGGCUGCUGCCAGGCGCCGGUCACCAUCAACAGCCGGCCCGAGGGCGUGCAGGUCACCUGGCUCAGGGGCGGCGACAAGCGGCAGCAGGACCUCCUGCGGCUGGACCCGUUCGUGGUCGUCGCCGAGAAGGGGUGGUUCGACCAGAGGCCCGUGGCGGACCAGCUGGUGGGGCCCCCAGGCCAGCGCCAGAGGUCGGACGCAGCCAUGGUCGAGGCCCCCCUCGUCCUGCAGUGGACGUUCACCAACGUAGCCCCACGCGACGAGAGGUACCCCGGGCCGGCGUGCUCGCCGGAGGUCGCCCAGAGGCUCUGCAAGAGCGCCAACAGCGAGUGCAAGAACAACGGCGACGACUACUCGUGCCAGUGCCGAGGGGGCUACGACGGCAACCCUUACCUUGACGGCGGAUGCCAAGAUAUCAACGAGUGCAAGCUGUCACCGGAGGUCAAUGGCUGCUUCGGCGACUGCUCCAACACGGAGGGUGGGUUCGUCUGUCGGUGCCCGCCACGGACCCAUGGUGACCACACUCAAAGAGGUGGCUGCGCGCCGUCUUCUUUGACGGGUUUCAGCGUUGGCAUAGGUCUAGGUAGCGGUGCAGGCCUUUUAGUUUUGGUUCUCAUUGCAAUAGUUGUUACCCGAAAGCUCAGACAUAGGAGGGUUAGAAUGCUGAAACAAAAGUUCUUCACCCAGAACCGUGGGCAGUUGUUGCAUCAAUUGGUAUCGCAAAGGGCGGACAUUGCUGAAAGAAUGAUCAUAACGAUAGAUGAGCUCUCAAAGGCAACAAACAACUUCGACAAGUCGCGUGAGAUCGGCGGUGGAGGGCACGGAACUGUGUACAAGGGGAUUCUAUCGGACCUACGUGUCGUGGCCAUCAAGAAGUCGAAGAUAACUGUCCAGAAAGAAAUCGAUGAGUUCAUAAACGAGGUAGCCAUCCUCUCUCAGAUAAAUCAUAGGAACAUAGUGAAACUUCUAGGAUGUUGCUUGGAGACGGAGGUCCCGUUGUUGGUUUAUGAGUUCAUUUCCAACGGAACUCUUUUUCAGCACCUUCAUGUUGAAGGGCCAAGUUCACUAUCAUGGGGCAACAGAUUGAGGGUUGCAACUGAAACCGCUAAAGCUCUUGCAUAUCUUCACUCAUCAGUUUCAAUCCCUGUGAUACAUAGAGAUAUCAAGUCCAGUAACAUACUUCUUGAUGAUACUAUGACAUCAAAGGUUUCAGACUUCGGAGCUUCAAGGUACGCUCCAAUGGAUAAAACAGGGUUAACCACAAAGGUGCAAGGGACUAUUGGAUAUCUGGACCCUUCAUACUUCUACACGGGCCGUCUUACUGAGAGAAGCGAUGUGUUUAGCUUUGGUGUCAUUCUUGUGGAGUUGCUCACCAGGAAGAAACCAUUUUCAUAUUUGACCUCUGAUGGUGAAGGCCUUGUUUCACAUUUUAUGAGUCUUCUUGAAGAGGGAAAUAUUUCCCAAAUAUUGGAUCCACAAGUUAUAGAGGAGGGUGGCAAAGAAGUCCAAGAAGUCGCCAGACUUGCAGCAUCAUGCAUAAAUUUAAGAGGUGAGGAACGACCUACCAUGCCACAGGUGGAGCAUGCACUCGAAGGUCUUCAGGUAACCAAGAAUAAAGAUUUUAUGGUAAAAGAUGAAUUUGAGGAUGAUGAUGAUGAUGAUGAUGAUGAUAACAUUGUGAUGAAUCGUCUGUCAUCCAAAGAAGUGCAAAGGAUCAGAGAAUGUAAUCAAGCAGAUACAGUUUGGUAGGCAGCUUCGGUUCCAUGUGCAUUAGGAUUAAUAAAGCAUUAUUAAA